AUGUCCACUCGAGAACUGAGAAUGAGACUCGGGGAGCACCUGGGUAACAUUCGCAAUGCUAAAAGUGAUCUGGAAAGAGGAAAUAAAAUUACACCUAAACGGGCGUCGCCUAAGAGUGCUCCAAAGGAUGCUCAGGUUAUGGCCCAAAUUCUAAAAGACAUGGGAAUAACAGAAUAUGAGCUCAGAGUUAUCAACCAGAUGCUGGAAUUCACAUAUAGAUAUGUGACAACAAUACUUGAAGAUGCAAAGAUCUACUCAAGUCAUGCGAAGAAGAACAAUAUUGAUGCAGAUGAUGUUAGGCUAGCGAUCCAAUGCAGGACAGACCAGUCAUUCACUUCUCCUCCUCCCAGAGAUUUUUUACUAGAUAUUGCAAGACAAAAGAACCAGACACCACUGCCACUAAUAAAACCUUAUGCUGGACCCCGACUGCCACCAGACAGAUAUUGCUUAAAAGCACCAAAUUAUCGUCUUAAAUCAAUACAAAAGAAGAUUUCAUCUUCUACAGGAAGAAUCACGGUACCAAGAUUAAGUGUUGGGGCAAUGAGUAGCAGGCCCAGCACCCCAACACUAGGAACUCCUUCUGCACAGACUGUAUCUGUUUCAAAAGUCGGCACUCCUGUAUCUCUUGCUGGUCAGCGAUUUACUGUACAGAUCCCAACCUCUCAGACAACAGUGAAAACAGCUGCUCCUACUACUCCUACAGUUCAAAAUGUUCUCAUCAACCCCUCAUUAAUUGGCACCAAAAACAUCCUCAUUACGACAAACAUGGUUUCAUCACAGAAUUCGACAAACGAUUCCAACUCAUUGAAGCGGAAACAUGAAGAUGACGAGGAUUAUGAUGCAAUGUAAUCUGGUUUUGUUGAAACCACAUACUGUGAAUUAAAACAAAGACUUUUUAUUUUAUAAUCACAGGUUUCUUUUUUUUUUUUUUAAGAUGACAAAUUGAAAUAGCCUAAACUGUAUUUACAUAAAAGUGGAUAGUUAUUUUGGAGGAACAAAAACUAAAUUGAAGAAAAGAACAUGUAUACGUUUUAUACUUUUUAUUUUCUUUGUGAUGUUUUAAAAAGAACAGAAAUAAGAAAAUGAUUCCAUUUCUUCUGCCUAUGUGUUGACACGUUUGAAUAUCUUUAGACUGGAGUUCUGAUUACAUUGAAUUACCUAAUAAAAUUCUCUAAUAAA